GCCGGUAUUUCGUAACUUUAAUUAUUUCUUUUAAAUCUUUAAUGCAAACCAAACAUGAAUAAAGCCUCCCGUCUUUUUUGGCCAACUCUAGUCACACCAAAGAAUGCUGUAGUGAAACAAACAGAGCAACUGUCACGCAGUCAAAAGCUUUUAACUGAUCUUGGCCUGGUCAAGCCGGGCAGCAAUGGCACCUACCAGUUAAUGCCCAUAGCCCAGCGUUCCAUAGAUAAAUGCAUUAAUUUGGUGCAACGCAACAUGCAAGAGGCGGGCGGCCAAAAGAUCAGUCUUCCCGUCUUGACACCCGCUCAGUUGUGGAAGAAGAGCGGACGCCUGGAUGGCGACAUUUCCGAGUUCUAUAUGGUGCGCGAUCGCAGUGGCAAACAGUUUCUAAUGAGUCCAACCCAUGAGGAAGCGGUUACGGCCAUGUUGGCCACAACAGCGCCCAUUUCCUAUCGCCAGCUGCCUCUGCGUCUCUUCCAGAUUGGCCCCAAGUUUCGGGAUGAGCUCAAGUCACGAUUUGGCCUGAUGCGAGCCAAGGAGUUCCUCAUGAAGGACAUGUAUACGUUCGAUGUGACAAUGGAAACAGCUAGGAAUACUUAUGCAACUGUUAGCGAUGCCUACGAACGCUUCUUCAGGCAGCUGGAGGUGCCGUUUGUCAAAGUUGAGGCUGACACGGGUAUGAUGGGUGGCAGUUUAUCACAUGAAUAUCACUUCAUUUCACCCGUCGGCGAGGAUACGUUGCUGCAGUGCAGCAACUGUGGCUAUGCCGGCAAUGCCGAAGUCUUUGGCAGCGAUACAGAGACUCCCAGCACGUGUCCCAGUUGCCAAGGCCCGCAGUUGAGUCGUGUGCGCGGCGUGGAAGUGGCGCACACCUUCCUGCUGGGCGAUAAAUACUCAAAGCCCUUGGGAGCCACGUUUCUGAGCACAUCGGGCAAACCGGAGACGCUCGUCAUGGGCUGUUACGGUAUUGGAAUUACACGCGUUGUAGCUGCAGCUUUGGAAGUGCUCUCCACAGAGCAGGAACUUCGUUGGCCCAAGCUGUUAGCUCCCUACGAUGUCUGCCUCAUUGGACCCAAGCAAGGCAGCAAGGAACAGGCAACAGCCGAGAGUCUAGAAAAUGAAUUGCUGCAAACACUAACGCAAAUUUGUGGCCCUGAAGAAAUCCUGCAUGAUGAGCGCAAGGAGCUGACGAUUGGAAAGCGUUUACUGGAUGCCAAGCGUCUUGGACACCCGCUAACAAUUGUGGUUGGCGGCAAAGCUGUGCAGCAAGAGACGCCCAAUCUGGAACUCCACGCAAGUGGCGCUGAGAAACUUGAACUGGAUGUGGCGGAAGUGUUGAGCUUGGUGGCCAGGCAUGUGCGGCACAAGCAAAAGCUGCUGCAUGAACAGCAGGGAGAGCUAAGGAUAAGUCAAACAAUUGGCCAUGUGCAUUAACUUUAUGCAAUAAAGAUAACAAUAACUCAAAA